GCCAAACAAGCUGAAGACGAAGAAUUUCGAAUCAUUAUGAUGGAUCUUCAAAAAAUGGAACCUGUACAACGAGAGUACUUCCAACUUCGCAGGGCGGACAUAGUUUGGAAUAAAAGAAACCAAUCAUCAUCGUAACGAAGAAGAGAUACAGAGUUAUGGUGUAUACGAUCUAACCUAACUUCAUCGAUUCUCUUUAUUUCUUGAAAUUUACAAAAAUUUGUUAGGGUUUAUAAAUUUUUUGAUAUAAAAUUUGAAACCCCAACAUUUUUUGUGUUUGAUUUCCUAAAAUGUCACGGGGAUUGAUGUGAAUAUUGAGAUAUCAUCACCGAAAUUCUUAAAAGGACAGAAAGUUAGGCUUCGCUGAUGGAGCUAGUGGGAAUGUGAUGGGAAGCUUACAAUGUUGUAGGAGGUUGUUCAAAAAAUUUGCUGGUGUUGCCAUGAGGUGGAAAAAGGUGUUCACUUGUGAUCCAAAUGCAACCAGAACUCUACUUGAUGACGCAUAUGAUAUAUAUCAGCCAAUGCUCCUAUUGGUUCUUAUGAUUUUCGAAUGGGGGGUUUUAUUGUGGAAGUUCCAGAGUAAAAAUGUCCAAUACCGAGAAGUUUUGGAGCUCGAGGAUAAUAAUUUUUUGAGAACAUGGGACGUUUUAAAGUGGGUGAUUAUUAUGCUGAUAUGUACCAUCAUUUCCCUAGCACUUUUUAUUGUAUUACGGAUUUUUGGGAAAAUAGGUGCAUCUGUGAUAUUCGCGGCACCUACAUUUCGACAAGCAUUCUUGGCGAGUAUUAUAACGUCACUAGCGAAGGUACUUGCGGAUAUGGUUUCGGCUAUUGCUUUAAUGAUUCACAUUUACGGAGUUAAAUGCGCCGAUACCUACUUGGGGCAAAGAUCAGUUAUUGCUCUCGUCAUUACAUGUGUGCCUUUCAUUUAUCAGUUCGUUCAGAGUUUGCUAGCGGGUUUCUACGAACCUAACCGCAUGCAGUAUUUGAAUGCAAGUAAGCACCUUUUAACAAUGACAAUGAUGAUGAUUUCAUCGGUAAAAUAUCUCCUCGAAGACCAUACACUCUGGUCAGCAUCCUUUGGACGUUGGUGGAUUGUUUUGGUUGUUCUAAACUCUGUUGCAUGCUUUCUAUGGGAAUUCUAUCAAGAUUGGAACCUGAGUAUGACAAUGAUAUUCUUGCAAGCCAAUCCAAGAAUAAAAUCAAAAAUAAUUACAAAAAAAUGGUGGUACAAAGUAAUUGUACUUGUCGACUUAUUUUUACGUGCCACUUGGACGAUUAGACUCUCUCCCAGCUUGUUACUCUCCCCAGGAUGGUUCAGCAACAGAUGGAUAUCAUUAUCCAUGUCGGUGCUGGAAAUAAUCAGCCGACCCCUUUGGAUGGUAUGAAGGAUAGAAACUCGAUACUAUGAGAGACAUCCU